AUGUCUGAAUUAUUGUUGAAUGAUUCCGGAGUGAAGCAGGAAUUUUUCGAAGAUGAAGUCCCUUUGAUCAAGGCGGAACCAUUUGACUCCACUUCGGAACCGCUUUCCAACGAAAUGUCUGAGAUUGGCUUCGACAACGGCUGUCCAGGUGUUGGCAGAGACCCCUACGGGGAUCUUUUCCUAAUGGAUCCAAAUGAUUUACUGGGUGUGCGCGAAGAAGUCAUUGGAAAUGAAGUGAAUAAUAGCCCCGAGGAUGUUCUUGUUCCUGAUCCUUCCGGAGAACUUACCGAGGAAUCAAAUGAUUCAACCGUAGAUCGCCACGGUCAGCGAAGAAAGAAAGGUAAAUCGAAACAGAUUUUUUCGAAGUUGGAUUCCAUCAACACCGAACAAUCGGAAUCGGACGAACAAGCUCGUCCAGAUUCGCCCCUGCCCAGGUCGGUUGAUGGUUAUCAAGGUAAACAGCAUAUGCAUCAAUUGAACCGCAACAUCUUAGAAGGUUCUACUUUUUUCCUAUGCAACCGCCGUAUAGAGUCGUCAAAUGGCACUCAGUUUUUAGUUAAUAAUCGGUUUACUGCCGUUCCAAGUGACAAGCAUCUUCAGGUUUCACAAGGAGUUCGCGGUCGUCGAGUGAUCUCCAUCAACGGCACCAAUUCAAUACCCGGGAGAAUCCUUUCUUCGAAGCAUGUUCUACGGAAUGCUUUGUCCGGUCUUGCAAACGGUGGUGUCGAACUCCUCCCAGGGAACGGUCCUCGAAUUAGAAUAUGCCAAUGA